UCAGUGUAACGCUGCAGCCAUAAUGGCGAACCCGAGGAAGUUUUCCGAAAAAAUUGCGUUGAUGAAUCAAAGAGAGGCCGAGCAGAAUGCGGCUUACCAACAGGUCAUGGCAUCCGUGACGCCCAUCACCAGGGCUACCAAUGAAGAAAUCGCCGAGACGCAACAGCAGCCGGUAUAUCGGGAGCGGGGCCGGAGUCCCGGCGUGGGCCCGAUGCGGAGGGAACGCCGCAUCGACACCUCGCCCUACAACAAUAGCUCGUCCUUUUUAUUGCCGCCUGACUCGAGUUGGAAGCAUCGCAGCGACUCGGCACUGCACCAGAGCUCCAUCAGCGCACAAAACAGUCCUGGCUCGCCAAGACGAUCUCUUAGUCCAAUGGGUGGUGUAAUCAAUGACCGUAGUUCCUUGGCUGUGAAUAACGACGUUAGAAUAAAUAGAUCAUCAAGUGAUGUGAGCAGAGUUACGCCGAGGAUAAGUAUUGACCCGACGCAGACAGAUCCCAAUGCAGUCUCAAUACCAAUACCAAACACCACUGGCUCGCUACCAGACCUGCACAAUUUUCAAUACUACCAGCCCCCUGGCAUGACACCAAUCGACCCCGAGGACCCCAUUAGUCCUUCGUGCAGCACAAGUCCGCAAGGCGCAACAAGCCCUUCAACCCUUUCGCCGACGAGCAUGCCGACCAGGCCGUCUGGUCGCUUCUCGUUCGGCUCGCAAGGCUCGGGCGGCUCCCCGCAGGCCACCAGCCCUGGUCACUCGCCCGUUGCGAGGCGCAAGGUGCACCAGCAGCAGCAACAACAGCAACAGCAGCAGCAGCAGCAACUCAUUUUGGGCGCCGCUUUCCACCAUCUGAACAACCAGCUUGAUGUGCCGUCCUCCUAUACCAACUAUAGUCAUAUGAGCAGGGUGUACACCACAGAGGUUAAUGGGUCGAUGAUUGACCCGUCGUCGAUGCACCAGCAGCAACAGUCCAUGCUUUAUCAACAGCAGCAGCAGCAGCAGCAGCAAACCCUACAAAGACAAAUGUCGCCUCAGCCACCUCAUUCCCCACAGCAAGCACAGCAACCAAAACAAGAACCAAGUUCGCCUCUAGUCAAUAGCAACCACAACAUGCCAUCAUCUGACCACCACUCUAGUUGUGGAAUGCUAGUGUGCCGUAGUCAGUCGAACAAAUGUUACUUGCAGCCUACGUCACUGAGUGUGUACAGAGACCCCCUUAGACCAAGUCCUCAGCCUUCACCCGUGCCCAUGUCGGGACCAUACCUGAUGCCCGGAAGCCCAGACUACCGGAGCUCGAGUCCAGCGGACACCGCCAGUCACAGUGCGCCACAAAGCCCCAUAUCUCAAAACAUUUCGCCGGUCAGCUCUCCCGGCAUCGGCGGCAUGAUGCCCGAACACAACAACUACAAUCUGCACCAAGAAUUUUCACAAAUCUCAAUGGAUUGGUGCCAACUAGUAAAUAGUUUGGUCGAAAGUGAGUGGACAGCAGAGUUGCAGCAAGACACAAUGUUCGCCAACAGUCCUCCGAACUCGGCCUACGUCCCCAGCCAGUUUCAGGUAGGAAGGGAGAUGUAUGCCAGGCAGAGGACGGUUGACUACAAUUGUGGUUGGCACCCACAGGCGCUUGUGCACGCUUGCAACACAGACGACUGUCGGACCGGCAGCCAGGACAUGGGCAGCAGCGACAUGGGCUACUGCAGCAGAACGUCGCCCAACUACAGCAACAUGAACUCGAACAGCGGCGGCAGCACCCAGCAGACCACUCCGCAAACACCAACGCCCAACAUCACCAUAUCUGUCUUUCCUGCAGACUUCUCUGAUGAGGGAUCCGUGGAGCCUGAGCUCAGCAGAGACCUGACAGCCGCAAUGAUCACAGCCUCGUUCGACACGGAAGCGCUGACUGACGAGAUUCUAAGUACGAUAGAGCCGAUUCCGUUCGACGACCUGCCCCUGCUGAACAACAACAUCGCCAUCGCGGACGCGCUGACCGAAGACACGCUGCGCCUCAACAACAUGUAAUGGCAGAAGCAGGUUUUAGCUUUUUCUCACACACACAUUUUCUCUCUAUCUCCUUCUUUGUGGAUUCAAUUUUCCGACCGAGAGAGAAAGCGACAAGAAAGGAGUCUAAGUAAAAUGCCAAAUAUCAGUACCUUUGUCAAGAAACAAAAAUACCGAGUUGGUAAGACAGUCUGAAUGAUUUUGGUGGAUCGAUUUUGAACAAUUUUACCGUACCUGUGGUGAUCAAGCUGGAUUUUUAUCAAACAACAACAACAACACAAAACACGGAGAAUCACAAGGAAAGCACGCGAAUAGUUAUUGAUAAAAAGAAAAUCUCUCCUAAUAAAUCGUGUGAAAGUGUGUCUUAUUAAGUAUAAAAAGAAGAGGAAGCGAUGACCGUUCGUUAAAGACUUUGGAAUUAAUUAAAUCUUGUGUAUAAAAUGCGACAACACCGAAAGGAAGAAAAAUGCUGUUCACUGCUUGUAAAUAUUGAUGAUAAUAUCACUGCUGAUGUGCAAAAAUGUCGUUCAUUUUGUUUGUGAUCGCACUCAGUCAGGCCGGCGUCGGCGGCAACGAGUUGAAAUCGUGCCCGCCACCGGCCCACGAGUAUAUUUGUAUAUUUCCUGCUCUCAUCAAACAAACAAACACCCAUACAAAGUAACCGUUAGACAUCAUCCCUCGUUUGUUCUUAAUUUGUGCUCAAGUUUCUUUGUUUUUAAUGGUAUAAUGCAGUGUACUCGCAAGAGUGAGAGAGAGCGAGUGUGUGCUUCUUAGACGCAGCGUAUCAAGUUAACUAAAUAUGUAUAGGAAUGACAAUCCGCAAUUCGGGGGGCAAAGAGGUUCACAAACCUCUCCUUGCACUGCAUUUAUUUACAUUACGUUCUCAGCUUUGGUUCAACUGUCCGCGCAUUUUUCCGCAAUCGUGUAAGAUUGGUGCCAAAAGAACGAUUGACAUGUACGAAAUUCGAAUAUAUAUCUCCGGCAGUUCUCGACGUCAGACACGGUGUUUCAAAAGAGAACAAAUACGGUUGGAAAAGGCGCAACUGCGCACCGAUUUUCAAUUUUAGUGAAUGAGACUGAACUGACAGAAAUGUUUAUUUGCCCUCCACCUGUCCGACUAACGAGGAAACUAUUUUGAUGCUGCGAUUUAUUAAUUGGUGAAUUUAUUGGAUUCCAGCACAUUUUUAUGGUGUAAGUAAGCUCACCUGCCGAUUUUAUCCUAAAUUUGCAGUCUUAACAAGUCUAUGAAGCUCUGAUGGAAUGUUACAAAUUGGAAUCAAUCGAAUUUUAAAUAGUCAAGUCUAGUUUAAUGAAGAUUUUUUUCAAGAUGUAAAUUCUUUUUGAUGAGACAAAUACUAUUUUCCUAAUACUUCGCCACUGACUUUUGAGCUAUUAAAAGCUAGCAUUCUGGAAAAAUCUAAAUUUAGAUUGCAACAUUUUUUUUCAUGCACUAAAAAUAGUAAAAAUAUGCGUCUUUUUCGAAUUUUGAUUUAAAAUUGAAUCGUGGAAUUUUUUGUUCUUAAAAAAAUCUUAAAAUCAGGUAAAGUAAUAAAAAUUUUGGUAAUUAAUUAAUUGCUUAAUAAUCUUUGGAUCAAUGCCACCUACAUGUGUGAAAAUCAAGACGGUGGGAUGAUGGAACAAAUUUAGGCCAAUAGAUGUUGAUGAUCCAACACGUAAAAUUUAAAAUUAUCCUAUUUGAGUAAAUUUCAAGUAAUUAUUAAAAAUUAAAUGGCACUAAAUAGGUGGCCAUUGAAAAUUGGAAAGAAAUUAUACAUCUUGGAGAUCUUUCUUGUUUAAUCAAAAUUUAUUUCUAGUAUUUUUUAAAUAAAAAUUGAAUGGAAGUUUUUAUAAGAAACUUUGGUAAUUCCAUCAGCUUGCAGAAUGUUUUAAGUUUUUUGCUCUAAGAAUACAAGAAAAUAUAGAGCCGAGAACAAACCCUAAAGGGAAAAUUUUAUUUUCUUCUAUUUGAAAAAAUACGUGUCUGUCGAUUCAUCUCAUAAGAAAUAAAAUGGAACUCACCUUUUUUAAUAUAUUGGAAUUCAACCUUUGUUAAUUGACUUCCGGAUCAGGUGAGGCAACACAAAUUCAAAUAAUUCACCACCAACUAAAACGUAUCAUCCGAAGAGUUUCCUUGUUCAAACAAACUAACAAAUUUUCGUCCCGGACGAUUUUUAAAAUGCAAUUUUUGAUCUUCAGAUGGCAAACUUUUGAUUAAGAAAAAAAAAGAAUUCACACGUUUCAUCGCAUGUGUAUACCUCUAUAAAUUUUCUCUGGAAUAAAACAUCAAUUUUCGGGACACAAAAAUCUAAAUAUAGAUGUUGCAUUACCAAAACAGCUUUUUGGAAUCCACCUAACAAGAAAUCACACUUUUACUCUAAGUAAGAAUAUAGGCGAGCGAAAGAGCGCGUAUUAAAUUAAGGGAAGAGAGCUGCAUUGAGUCGAUGAAAUCACAGUUUACGCCGCAAUAGGACUGUAAGAUUUUGAAAUGUUAACGCACAAAUCCAAAGAGGUUUCUUAAGAAGAACGUAAGUGGAAUAAGCAGAGAGUUAGUUUUAUUAUCGCAAGAAAAACAGAUUUAACACUUUAAAUGUAUAAUGUAUAAAAAAAGAGACAGAUAAAUUACUAGCGCUUUCUAGAGUCAUUUCAAAGAAAAAAACUACAACACUAUUGUCGCCGCACAUGGUGAAGAAUUACCCUUAAAAUCAUACAAUACGAAAUUCCUAGUUGAAGUAAAAAGAGAAUUAUUACUACCGUGAAAUCUAUUAAGGUUAGAGGGUCGAAUUUAUACGUGUAAAGAAUGCUACAAAUUGCAAGUCAAACUCAUUUGGAAACACAGGAGGGUGGCACAUUGUUCGCCAAAUCUGAUCUCCUCGUUGCCAGUUUCUCUUCGUUUUAAUAUUCAAGGUCAGAUUUGUCACAUAUUGUGUCUUGCCGUUGCACACACACACACACACAUACAUACACAAAGAGUAAGACAAGUCUUUGAAAAAGGCUUUUACUUGAGAGCAUGUACUUACAUCACCACGAAAAUAGUGAGGUUGAACAAAAGAAACAAAGAUUAACUACGCGCAUAGUACAUACAUUACGCUCUGAUUAAUUAAUAAUUUUAGUUAGUGGGCCAAUCGAUUAAUUAAAGCCUUUGGUUUCCGCGCUGCAUCAAAAUUGUGAAUGUUCAAAAGCCUGUAGAUCAGGUUGGAAAGCAUAGAGCAAGCAGAUAUAAUAUAUAUAUUCACUCUUUUCCACGCAUCAAGCACUACAAAGAGCCUUGAAACAGCGCAGCGCGCAUUGUUCCACAAUUAAUCAGAAUGCUCGAUAAUGAGGUCGAUCUGGGUUGUCCAAUCAGCGUGCUCUAAAUGAGCAUUGUUUUUAAUUUAAAUAUUUCAACUAACUACCAGAAACACUAAUGACUUUCCUUUAAAGGUUGAUACUUGGAAAUCCGUAAUUUAAAUUCCAAAUUGACAAUUUUUUUAUAAAACUGGCCGCAAAGUUAGAAAUGAUUGCAUUUCAAAUGGUGUUGAUUGUCUCCCUACUCGAAAUUUAAUUUCACAACAAAGAAUUUCCUCAAAACGUUGGAUAGCUCUGGAGAAAAUAUGUCAAAUUGAGCAAAAUUAGAAUUUUAAUUGUAUCAAGGUCAUCUUUCGAUGAGAACAAAUUAUUAAAACUAGCUUGAUAAUUUCCGGUUAUUUCAAUUUAUUUAUUUUUGUUUAUUAAACAACCCUGCUGCGCGGCCGAACGUAAAUGCUUGAUGCGUGACUUUUUUCUAACAAAGUAGGACAAUUAACCGACACAAUCACGAGGGCACAUUCAAAAUUCGCUGAGUUUGCUCAAGAAUAGUCACUUUGGAGGCUUUCAGAAGAUCUUGCCUAGUUUUUUUUCUCUUUUUCUCUUCUUCCCAGCAAAACUCGAGACCUUUUUUAUUUUAGAGUGGCAUUCCGCACAUAUACGGAUUCAUUUUUUUUAGUUUCUUGACGCAUUCAAAAUGUAAAUGAGGGAAUUUGUUAUUUUCUAACAAUUUUUUAAGAUCUCAUGAGUGUUACGUAAGGACGAAGUAAGUUUCUAGUUUGAGAAAUUGAUUUGUACAAAAAAAAAACAAAAGAAUAACACGUAAUACACUCAGGUGGUGUUUCUGUAUGUUUAUCGAACGCGCGAAUAAGAAUUCGUUCUGCCAAGCCGAUGAAAAUCAAACUGUUGUGAGAGUUAUUACUACGAUUAGCGCGAUAUCGAUAUAUAGUUGAUUUAGUUUUAAGCCCACUAUUUGUUGAAAAAUGAUGAAAAACGCAAAAAAUAUACUUUUAUGUUUUUAAAAACAAACAAACAAACACACACACACACGUCACGUUGUAAUAAAAAUUUAAUGCUACGAAGAAAAUAAGUGCCCUCUCUGUACAUGUGAAACUUUCGAUGAAACUUGGUUGUAGUUUUACAUUUUUUUAAAUGUGAUUUUCGUCUCGAUGGCUAUACAGACUCUUCUUGUUCGUUUCUUGUUUGUAGUGCAAUUUGAAUGUGCAAUUUUUAUCGUGGGCGAUACCGAUGGAGCAGCAACAGCAAAAUUGUACAGAGAACCUGCCUAUGUGAAAAACCGUUGAAAUCGAGCGGGAAAAAAAUAUGAUAGCUUGCUACAAUAAUAAUUGUCGGCAAAGCGAUGAUUUUUUGAUACAACAGGGAGUAGUAGAGGAGAAUUAAAUUUAAAACCAGAGACACGCAACAUACUUGAUUUUAGUCUUUCUAGGUCAGCAGGUUUACAAAUGAAGCGCACGCAAAGCUGUUUUUUUAAGUCUUGUUCAGCAAGUUAUUUGAUAUGAAAAUACUGAAAACAAAACGCGUAUUUCUUAAAAAUGCUACCGUUAGCUAUUGUAUAAAGAGAAAAUUAAAUAAAUGUUCUUUAUUUGUAAUUGUUGGUUGAGUCACGAGGAAAAGCAGAGAAUUUUAUUAAGUGGUUUGCCUGUAUGUUCUUCUAUCAAAUGGAAUAAAUAUUAUUUAUAUUUUAAGUGCCGCUGAGACGAUUGAUUGGUUGCUUCAGAUUGAGCAAAUGUUGAUUAAUGGGUGACGAGUUUCUGAGAAAUAAAAUGUGUACUCAUUAAACAAAAUA